UAGCCUGUUAAGGAACUAAUGAAAACAGCUGUCCAACGGCUGUCUCUCAGAGAUUAUGACUGAUCUGUGGACAGAGUGAGAGCGAGAGACUGAGAGAGAGAGAGAGAGAGAGAGAGAGAGAGAGAGAGAGCGUCCACUGAGCGUCUUGGUGUGAGGCGCAUCUUAGCUCUGCAGAGACCACACACAAGAAGUCUUCUCCAUUUGGUCCACCUGGAGAUUUCUUAACAUAAUUUCAGAAAUGGUUAAGGAAGUCUCAAUGUAGUCAGACAAGUUGUGUUUCAGGACAAAGUUCACACAACACUGAGGACGAUCUGUGCAGGCUGUUGGAUGAGCUGAAGAGAGCUGCAGAAAACUAACGAGUGAACACCAGCUUUAUCUCAGGAUAAAAGAAACACUACUGGAGACUGUGUUGGGUGAGAAGGACUGAACCAUGCAGGGGUGCGUGGUUGGUACCAGGCUGCGCUAUUGGCUGACCCUGGUCUCUGGGAUGUUGGAGUGCCUGUGCUUUGCUGGUGUGGUGUUCGGUUAUGCUUCCCUAGUGUUUGUGCUGAAGGAUGACGGAUACUUCAGUGACCUGUGUGUUAGCAGCCCAUCAGACAACAACAGCACUCUGCCUGGGACAGACUGUCGGGGCCAAGAUGAGCAGUUUUCUCUGGUCUUCACAAUCGCCUCUUUCCUGAACAACUUCCUGAGUCUGGUCAAUGGCUACCUGUUUGACCGGUUUGGCACAGUGGUGACCAGGCUGCUGGGAAUAGCUUUGUACACCACUGGAACGCUUCUUGUGGCCUUCUCUAGUGCAGCACUUUCAGUGAUGCUUUUCCCAGCCUUAUCCUGCAUCACUGUGGGAGGAAUUCUGCUCCUUAUCACUAACAUGCAGGUGGGGAACCUGUUUGCUGCUCAUCGCUCCACCAUCAUCACACUCUACAACGGAGCCUUCGACUCUUCAUCAGCUGUGUUCCUCAUCAUCAAGGUUCUGUAUGAACAGGGAAUUUCUCUUCGUUCUUCCUUCCUCGUGUUGUCCCUGUGCAGCAUUAUUCACGUGGUGAGGACUUUCCUGCUCAUGCCAAAAACCCACAUCCCCUACCCUCUGCCUCAGCACUACACCUAUGGGAUGGACUGUGGAAAGGCCAACACUUACAAUGUGGAGCAGGCUGAGAGGACGAGGGAUGCUGCAAUGACAACUUCACAGGAGUUCACUGGGAAAGAAAAUACAACACAAGAAGACGGGACACAGACCGAAGACACGGGAAAAGUAAUGAGUUUCCAGAGCUGUGUCUUCUCCUGGUUCUUCCUGUGGCAUCUGCUGUGGUUGUCCAUAAUGCAGCUGAGACACUACCUCUUCAUCGGCACUCUGAACCCCAUGCUGAGCCGGCUGGCUAACAACAACCCCAACCUCGUGAGUCAGUACACCAAUGCUUUUGCCAUGACCCAACUGUGUGGAGUCCUGUGCGCUCCCUGGAACGGACUCAUCCUGGACAGACACAAGGGAAAGCCUCGAGCUGCUGGAGAAUCGGAGCAGGAGGUGGACCUGCGCUCCUCCUGCUUGUCUCUGUUCUUGACAUCCCUGCAGUGCCUCCUCUUCUCCUUAUGCGCCUCCAUUCCUGUCCUCCCACUGCAGUACAUCACCUUCGUCCUGCAAGUCCUCAAUCGGUCCUUCCUCUACGGGGGGAACGCAGCUUUCAUUAGCAUCGCUUUUCCAGCCCGCCACUUUGGGAAGCUGUAUGGCCUGGUGAUGUCUCUGUCUGCUGUCUUCUCCCUGCUGCAGUACCCCUGUUUCGCCCUGGUUAAAGGACCUCUGAAUGGAGAUCCCUUCUAUGUGGACGUCUUCCUCACUGUCCUCACCCUGCUGGUGUUUAUCCAUCCUGUUUAUGUCUUCAUUCACUGCAAGAAACAAGCUUCCAGCAGGGAGAAAAACUCUCACACUGAAGAGGAAUCCAAACUGGCUGAAGCAAAAAUGUAAAGACUGUUAGUUUAGAAGUUUUAUAUCUUAGGUUGUAGAAUAUUUUUUAGUUUAAAUCAUUGUUUUUUAUUUGAAAAUAAAAACAAUAUUUUAUUUAAAAAAUGUGUUCAUAAUAAAUUAACAGAUUUUUCUUUUCUUUUCUUGGGGC